CCAAGUAAGGGAACGACUGAAGAACCAAGUUGCAGAAAUGAAAGCAAAAGCUCCUGGUUUCAGGCCGGGCCUUGCUAUUCUGCAGGUUGGUGACCGGGAUGAUUCAAAUCUCUACAUUAGCAUGAAGCUGAAGGCUGCCGCUGAGAUCGGGAUCAAUGCCAAUCACAUCAAGCUGCCAGGCACUGCUACAGAAGCUGAGGUGCUCAAAUGCAUUAACAAUUUGAAUGAAGACCCUGCCAUCCAUGGGUUUAUAGUGCAAUUGCCUCUGGAUACAAACAAGCCCAUCAACACAGAGAAAAUAACCAAUGCUGUGGCACCCGAAAAAGACGUCGAUGGCUUGAGCAGUAUAAAUGCAGGGAAGCUGUCACGUGGGGACCUCAGCAACUGCUUCAUUCCUUGCACACCCAAAGGAUGCAUGGAACUUAUCAGGCAAACAGGUGUUCAAGUAGCAGGCAAAAAAGCAGUAGUGAUUGGGCGCAGUAAGAUCGUUGGGGCUCCUAUGCAUGACUUGCUGCUUUGGAACCAUGCAACUGUGACCACUUGCCAUUCCAAGACUGCAUCACUGGCUGAUGAAGUCAGUAAAGCAGAUAUCCUGGUAGUUGCAGCUGGCAAAGCUGAGAUGGUAAAAGGUGAAUGGAUCAAGCCAGGUUCAGUAGUGAUCGACUGUGGAAUCAAUCACAUUCCAGAUAGCACAAAGGCCAGUGGGAAAAGGGUUGUUGGAGAUGUAGCUUAUGCUUCAGCAAAGGAGAGAGCAGCCUAUAUCACCCCUGUACCUGGUGGGGUUGGACCAAUGACUGUUGCAAUGCUGAUGCAAUUUUUCAGUGACAUUGAAGUUUCACGGUCAUGUACUCCUAAGCCCAUUGGUGAGCUGGCCAGAGAAAUUGGCUUGAUUUCAGAUGAAGUAGAGUUGUAUGGUCAAUGCAAAGCCAAAAUCUCACUGUCAACACUGAAGCGUCUUAAAGAUCAACCAGAUGGAAAAUACAUUGUAGUAACAGGCAUAACUCCCACACCACUGGGGGAAGGGAAGAGUACAACAACUGUAGGGCUGGUUCAAGCUUUGGGUGCACACCUUGGUCAGAAUGCCUUUGCCUGUGUCCGCCAACCUUCUCAAGGGCCUACUUUUGGAAUUAAAGGUGGUGCAGCUGGAGGUGGCUAUUCUCAAGUUAUUCCUAUGGAAGAAUUUAAUCUCCAUCUCACGGGUGACAUCCAUGCUAUUACUGCUGCCAAUAACUUGGUUGCUGCUGCUAUUGAUGCCCGCAUCUUCCAUGAGGCUACACAGUCCGAUCAGGCACUCUAUUCACGAUUGGUUCCUUCAGUUGACGGUGUUAGGAAUUUCUCUGAUGUCCAGAUUCGGAGACUACAGAGAUUACAUAUUAUGAAAAUGGACCCAGCAACUUUGACAAAUGAUGAAAUAAGCAAAUUUGUGAGAUUGGAUAUCGAUCCAGAUAGCAUAACAUGGCAACGAGUACUGGAUACAAACGACAGGUUUCUGCGAACCAUUACAAUUGGGCAGUCUCCAUCUGAGAAGGGAUACACACGCACAGCCCAUUUUGACAUUGCAGUAGCUAGUGAGAUCAUGGCAGUUUUAGCACUCACAAACGGCCUGGAGGAUAUGAGAGAACGCCUGGGGAAAAUGGUGGUUGCCUCCAGCAAGAAAGGAGUUCCAAUCACCACAGAAGAUCUGGGAGUGAGCGGUGCCCUGGCAGUUUUGAUGAAAGAUGCUAUUAAGCCCAAUCUCAUGCAGACUUUGGAAGGUAAUCCAGUGUUUGUCCAUGCUGGUCCAUUUGCUAACAUUGCUCAUGGGAACUCAUCUGUCCUGGCAGACAAGAUUGCCCUGAAAACCGUUGGCAAGGAUGGGUUUGUUGGUAAGUCUCUUUUCACCUUCAGGCCUGGGUUUUUUUAUACAAUACAUGGUAUACGAUGCAGUGACAACUAUUAGUUUAAAUGCUUUUAA